CGAUGCUCUUAUCGGUCUUGUUGCCGUGAGGCUUUUGGCGUUGUUCGUGAAACGCUUCUGAUGCUGAUCUUCGGCAAGUGCUACGUUUUUUUAUGGACUACAUUUAUUAUUGUCACACGUUAAUUGGCAUUUAAUUGAACAGCAACGAUUGCAAGUGAGUUUAUUCCGCUGUGUGCGCUCGAAGCGAACGGUUGUUGUUACAGUCUCACAUUCAAUGCGCGUUCAAUUGACGAGCUAAAAUAAUAAAUAACAAAGGAGCCGGCAACAAAAACACCCAACAUAAAACAAAAAAACCAAAGCUAAGGACAAGAAUAUGAGUGCGCAGUGUCAGUGCGACAUAAUGACAAAAACAAUUGUGUAAUUGUAUAUAUUGCACAUUCAGCAAACAAUAAACAGUGAGCAUCAGCGCGACAAUCAAAUACAUGCAAAAUCUGAACUUAAAAUUAAUGAAUCGAAAUUUAAAUAAAUCAAAAAGCGCAGAAUCCAAAUCAUACGAUACUUUAUUUUAAAUUCACUACGUUGUCUCGCGAAUUACGGGUCGUGACACUGAUGUUGUCUGGUUAUGUAGAGUAGAACGCAAUACACACCAUCAUAGCACUGAAUGAGAAGAAGAGAGGAGAAGAGCGGCAGCCAGAGUCGUGCAUACAAAAGCAAUCAGACGUAAACACACAGACACACACACGCACACUUGAGAGAGAAGGAGCUGCUCCGACGACGCUCUUUAUGCGCGCCGUAUUUUUCCGCAACGAUUGCGGGCAGAGGCAGGCGUACAAAGUACAUAAGAACAGAAGCAUCUUUGUACUAAGUAGUGUCGCGAUUUGGGUGGCAUCUUAAUUGCUAUCCGCUAUUUUAAUCGGACUGCGGGACGGAAAUCUCCUUGUAAACUUUGUAAACCUAAGUUCAAACCACAACAAAACAAACAACGAGCACGCACACGUAUUUAUAUAAACUCACGCACACAUACAUAUAUAUUAACGCACUCACAAUAAUAAUGUUAACGAGUAUAUUAAACUUUGCCCAGUGCGUGGCUGAAAUUUCAUUGCUCGGAGGCAUCGAAAUCGCAUCAGUUGCACUUAUUGUAUACUACGUUUUUGCAAAAACUAGAGCACCUGCCAUUAUUGCCAGCCUAUUUCCCAAUUUGAAACUAAGCUAUCGUUCAUCGCUGGGAAAGUUCAACAGCAUUGGCAGCGACAUACUGAUCACGCUGCGUGCAUCAAAUGAGCCGAAACCACAAAACUUGGUUGAACAUGGCGUCGGCACGAGGAAUAUGCUACACUUAACGCCACACGCGGGCAUAAAGCCGUUCAAGCGAAUUCUCAAUUGGGACACUCUGUUCCCCUAUGUGGCACAGGUUGUGCGAAGUGAGAAGUUUGAUUACCGACAGGUUACUGAAAUUGUGCACAACGAUGUGGUUUUAAAACAUGCCAUUAAACAAGCUGCUGAGCAAUCGAUUCGAGAACAACGCUUCGCCAAAAAUGGUCAUCGACUGCUCGGUCGGAGCAUAAGCGGUGACCAGGAUGAGGAGGAGGAGGAGGGUGCCAAGACAGGCAUGUCAUAUCAGAAGAUACUACGUAAACAGGAGCAGCGCGCCGUUGCAAUUCUCAAGGAGAUGGGAUCCACCUUAAACAACACUCUUCUUAGGAUUACUUCUUGGCUACUGUACAAGCUUUUGCCUUGUUUUCUGUCUGGGGUUGUGACGAAUACAAAACAAAUUGAAAUGUUAAAAAGAGCCUCGGAGCGUGCUCCAGAUACACCGUUGAUAUUCGUGCCCCUUCAUCGCAGCCACUUGGACUACAUUAUGGUGACCUUUAUUCUGACCAACAAUGACAUACGAAGUCCCCUAGUUGCCGCUGGAAAUAAUCUACAGAUACCAGUCUUUGGUUCAUUACUCCGUGGCCUGGGCGCCUUCUUUAUCAAACGCAAGAUCGAUCCAGUGGAGGGCAAAAAGGAUGUACUCUAUCGUGCAGCUCUUCACCUGUAUCUAACACAUGCCCUCAAGCAAGGCCACAACGUAGAGUUCUUUAUCGAGGGCGGACGUACACGCACGGGAAAGCCGUGCAUGCCCAAGGGCGGCAUUCUUUCUGUGAUUGUUAAUGCCUUCAUGGAUGGCAGCAUACCGGACGCCCUGCUGGUCCCGGUGUCUGUUAACUAUGAGCGUCUGGUAGAUGGCAACUUUGUGCGAGAACAGAAAGGGGAGAAGAAAGUACCUGAAACGUUCAAGAAGGCCAUUUCAGGUAUUUGGAAAGCCCUCAACUCAAACUAUGGUUUGAUGCGCAUCGAUUUUAACGAGCCUUACUCAAUACGCGAACUCGUCAACUCGUACAAUCAAAUUGCCCGAGAGGAUGGCAGCAACAAGAUUUACAAGCCCGCUUCCAAAACGCUGCAGCAUAGCCAGUCAACGUCAUCAUUGUACGGAACCGAUGUUGUCUGCGAAGAGCAUCGCAAUCUCAUCGAGAGUAUUUCGCGACAGGUAGUUUUUGAUUGCGCCGAAGCCACUUCGGUGAUGUCAACCAAUGCUUUGGCCUUUUUGCUCCUUACGCGCUACCGCAAUGGUGGCGAAGAGCAGCAAAUUGCAUCCGCGUUAGAUGAUUUGCGUAAUUCGCUUUCUGGCUGCAAGGACAUGGGUUUCUCUGGCGAAUCCUCGCACAUUGUUGCCUAUGCCUGCGACCUGCUUGGAUCAGAUUUGGUUACACGCACACGUGAUGAGAAUGGACGCAUCUUUAUACGUGCUGUACCGUCAGUGGAAAGUUGCAUUGAGCUGGGAUACUAUUCAAACAUGUUAACUCCACAUUUUGCACAAAGUUCCAUACUGAUGACCACGUUUCAUGCACUUUUGCCAGCCCCAGAGAUUGCCGACAACGUGGCCGAUCAAUCAACAGGUGUCUCUCGCAAAAAACUAAUUGAUUCGGCUUUAGAGAAUUGCCUAGUCUAUCGCUACGAGUUCAUACUAAACAAGCCUACACAAGUAUUGGAGAGCAUGCUGCAGAAGCAACUAGACGAUCUGAUAGUCAGCGGUUUCUUGCGCAUAAAUGAGACGAACGAAUUGAAUUGUGAAAGGAAUAUACGACGCAUGGCGCAAAGUUUGGACAUAGAUUUGGGCGAGGAUGAUGAUGACUAUCAGCAUGUGGGGGACUCUAAACAGGAUUUAGCUGAUAUGAUAUACCCUGUUACAGAAACACUUGAGCAACAACGUUAUUUGUGCGAAGUGCUUGCGCCCUUUGCCUCAACGUAUGUGGCUGUGGCGCAGGCGCUGCAAAUUCUUCAUCGUAGCUCAAUGCUGGAAUCGGAGUUUAUAGGUUUCGUGAUUAACGAUAUUUCCAACAAAGUCAAGAACGGCAGUUGUGCAUAUGCUGAAAGCAUCUCGACGGACUCCGUGCGCAAUUGCCUUAAGUUGCUUGAGAAAUGGUCUGUGAUUGAGGUGUGCAACCAGCGUGGCAUGCGUCUGAUCUCGCUCAAUACCCUUUACGAGAUGUCGCGCGAUUCGCUAAACACUAUUGUCCAGAAAAUUGAAGCCGUAUUGCCAAAAUUUAAUGCGGGACAUUUUCGCCAACAAAUGUUCAAAGACUUGUCCGCUUAAACAAAACGUUUGUUUUUUGUUUUUUUUUUUUCAUUUUUAUUUUAUAUCAUUUUUGGCACUCAUUUAUAUUUUUCGCUCGACAUAAAGUACUACUUAAGUUUAAAGAGCAUACUCUUAGAUUUAGUAGUAAGACAUAUAAUAUAUAAAUCAUUAGUUUUUUAAGACGUACAUAAGAGUUACGCCGAUGCCAAAGAGCUUCCUACGUUUUUACUGUAGGCAGCUAAGCGACAAAACCAAAA